ACGGCCAAUACAUUUUCCCUGCCCCUCUGCCAGGGCAAUGCCCUGGACCAGUUCUUCUGUGAAAUCCCCCAGAUCCUCAAGCUCUCCUGCCCACAAGCCUACCUCAGGGAAUUUGAACUCCUUGUUUUUGGUGCUUUGCUAUUUUUGGGAAGUUUUAUUUUCAUUGUGGUGUCCUAUGUGGAGAUCUUCAGGGCCGUGCUGAGGAUGCCCUCAGAGCAGGGACGGCACAAAGCCUUUUCCACCUGCCUCCCUCACCUGGCUGUGGUCUCCCUCUUUAUCAGCUCUGCCUUCUUUUCCUACCUGAAGACCCCCUCCAUCUCUUUCCCAUUGCUGGACCUAGUGCUAUCAGUUCUGUACUCGGUGGUGCCUGCAGCAGUGAACCCCCUUAUCUACAGCCUGAGGAACCAAGAGCUCAAGGAUGCCCUAAGGAAACAAAUGAUGGGAUUGUUUCUGAGGAAAUAG